GAUAAUUGCGAAAAGUCUUAACCGAAUAAAUAAUUCUCUCUUAAAAAAAAACAGUGCAAUCACGUAAAAUCCAAUAGUCAGUGAAAAAUAAUUGAUUGAAGAGAAUUUAGCGUGUGGAUUUUGGUCUUGACCAUCAAAAACACUUCGAUUGGAUCUCUGAAACGUGAAUGGGAGUAUCAGAUACAUUGAAUUACGUUCUGUUUUCUAAUCCCGUCAGCUCGAAUGCCGGUUCGUUUGCGAAAACUGUUGCAUCAGCUGUUAUUAUAAUUAAUAAUUAUUCAGGCGUCCAGCCCCGUGUUGAGUACAAACUGGUUCCACCUGAGCCUUUGUGGAAAUCGGCAGCAGCCUCAGGGCCUUAUUUGAAAUUGGCAGGACUCAGCGGUUUUUUUUUAUUUUUUCAGUCAUCAGGGAAAUAUAAGGACGAUCAAUUGAAGCAAGUGUUUGAGACAGCGAAUAGAUAUCAUUUUUAUCAUUCCCUGGCUAUGGUGGGGCUGGUUACGUGCAGGGCACCAACUGCUGCCCUGUGGAUGUCAGGAUUUCUGAUGUUCUGUGGGAGUUGUUACUAUUACACAUUCACAGGUGACAAACGCUCCAGCAAAAUCACCCCUUUUGGAGGUACUUGCUGUAUUCUAGGAUGGCUCACCAUGUGCAUAUAA